UGGUGCCCGCACGUAGUGCGUCACAGUCUCCUCGUGCCCAAAGCGCAUCGCGACCAAGUAGCUCCUCCCUGAACGUUCACGGACUCAGCCUACAUCACAGACAACAUGGCGUCCAUUUCUAUGGCCCCCGUUAACAUCUUCAAGCAUGGAGCAGAUGAAGAGAAGGCUGAGACUGCUCGUAUGUCCUCCUUCAUUGGAGCCAUAGCCAUUGGAGACUUGGUGAAGAGCACCUUGGGACCAAAAGGAAUGGACAAGAUCCUUCUGGGUGGUGGCAGGGAAUGCAACGUGACAGUGACCAACGAUGGGGCCACCAUCCUCAAAGCCAUUGGAGUGGACAAUCCCGCUGCCAAAGUCCUGGUUGACAUGUCCAAAGUGCAGGAUGACGAGGUUGGAGAUGGCACCACAUCCGUCACAGUUCUUGCAGCUGAGCUCCUCCGGGAAGCUGAACUGUUGAUUGCCAAAAAGAUCCACCCUCAGACCAUCAUCUCUGGCUGGAGGAAGGCCACCCAGGUGGCCCGCGAGGCUCUCAAGGCUGCCGCAGUGGACCAUGGCAACGACCCAGAGAAGUUCCAGGAGGAUCUGAUGAACAUCUCGCGCACCACGCUCUCCUCCAAGCUGCUGACGCACCACAAGGACUACUUCGCCAAGCUGGCCGUGGAGGCCGUCAUGCGGCUCAAGGGCUCCGGCAACCUGGAGGCCAUCCACAUCAUCAAGAAGCUCGGGGGCAGCCUCACCGACUCGUACCUGGACGAAGGAUUCCUGCUGGAUAAGAAGAUUGGUGUGAACCAGCCGAAGAGGCUAGAGAACGUCAACAUCCUGAUAGCCAACACCGGCAUGGACACAGACAAGAUCAAGAUUUUCGGCUCGCGUGUGCGUGUGGACUCGACGGCGAAGGUGGCCGAGAUCGAGCUGGCAGAGAAGGAGAAGAUGAAGGAGAAGGUUGACCGCAUCCUCAAGCACGGCAUCAACUGCUUCAUCAACAGGCAGUUAAUCUACAACUACCCAGAGCAGCUUUUCGCCGCAGCAGGAGUCAUGGCCAUCGAGCACGCAGACUUUGCUGGAGUUGAGCGCCUUGCACUGGUCACAGGUGGUGAGAUCACGUCCACAUUUGACCACCCAGAGCUGGUGAAGUUGGGCCACUGUAAGCUGAUCGAGGAGGUGAUGAUCGGAGAGGACACCCUCAUCCAUUUCUCCGGCGUCGCCAUGGGUGAGGCAUGCACCAUCGUGCUGCGCGGGGCCACACAGCAGAUCCUAGACGAGGCAGAGCGUUCUCUUCACGACGCGCUGUGUGUGCUCGCCCAGACCGUCAAGGAGACACGCACUGUCUUCGGAGGAGGCUGUUCUGAGAUGCUGAUGGCCAAGGUGGUGAUGGAUUUGGCCAACAGGACACCCGGAAAAGAGGCUGUUGCCAUGGAGUCCUUCGCCAAAGCCCUCAUGAUGCUUCCCACCAUCAUUGCAGACAACGCCGGCUACGACAGUGCAGACCUGGUGGCCCAGCUCCGGGCAGCACACGUAGAGAACAAGACCACCUAUGGCCUGGACAUGCAGAACGGCAGCAUUGGGGACAUGGCCCAGCUGGGCAUCACCGAGAGCUUCCAGGUCAAGAGGCAGGUGCUGCUCAGCGCCGCCGAGGCUGCAGAGAUGAUCCUGCGCGUAGACAACAUCAUCAAAGCAGCGCCCAGGAAACGUGUACCAGACCACCACCCCUGUUAAGUAGUUAAGCAUGAAGUGAAGAGGAUGAGGAAAACAAAGUACAAAGAUGACGAAGAGCACUCUGUAUAUUUAUUACCUCCGGGGUGCCGUGUGUGUGUGUGACGCCACUCACCUGUCCAUCUGUGUGUUUGUGUGUGGCGUCCCACACCUGUCUCUCGCCUGUCUUGCUUAGGUUCAAGGCUCCCUAGUCACAUUUUUUUGUCAAGUUCCGAAUGCACUGUUGCAACCUGACCAUGUCACACCCCUGUCUGAAGCAAGGUGACAGUAUGAACUGUUUUUUGUUUACUGAUCAAUAAAAAAAUGUACUUGUGCUACCAUGCUGUA